GAGAGAAGAGUGAGAUCUGGAAAUCGAUCAUGCAAGAGAGCCCUCGAAGUACUGUUUCGAGCCCAGAAGCGAAAUUGGGACUGAAAGUGGAGGAUUUAUGGGACGUCCAAGAACCUCAGCUUAGCCCUUCGGAGAAGCUCAACUCAUGCUUCGAAAGCAUACCCGUAUCUGCUUUUCCUCCAGCCCCUUCAUCACAAGUAGUUGAGAUAAACUCAGAUUCCAGUCUUGAUGAGGCUGUCCAAAUGCUAUCCAAACACAAAAUUCUGAGUGCACCUGUGCGGAAUGUUGAGGCACCAGAAGAUGCCAGUUGGAUUGAUAGAUAUAUUGGCAUUGUGGAGUUUGCAGGAAUUGCUGUAUGGCUUUUGCAUCAGUCCGAAGCUGCAGCUCAAAUGAUGAGUGGAUCUUCUAGUGUGGGGCUAGUUCCCGGUGGAUCAGCAGCUACAAUAAGUUCGGCAGCACUGGGAACACCAGCCUAUGCAAUAGCUAGUACUGCUGUAGCUGAAGCAGCUGGUGCUAGAGCAAGUGCUGCUAUUGGGCCUGGAAUCUUGGGCCCUGAAGCUGCUGCAACAAUGGGAGGGAGCUUUUUCGAGAUCCUGACAUCUUCUGACUUCUAUAAGAAUACAAAGGUUGGAGACAUAUCAGGGUCAUUCCGUUGGGCCCCAUUUCUUGCUCUACAGACGUCUGAUACCUUUCUGACAAUGUUGUUGCUGCUAUCAAAGUACAGAAUGAAGAGCCUUCCUGUGGUUGACCCAGGUGAAGGAAAGAUUGAGAACAUAAUCACACAGUCUGCUGUUGUUCACAUGCUGGCUGAAUGUGUUGGGCUUCAUUGGUUUGAAACCUGGGGCACAAGGAAACUCUCUGAACUUGGUCUCCCCGUAAUGAAGUCUAAUCAAUUGUUGAAGGUGCAUGGGGAUGAAUCAGUUCUGCAGGCAUUUAAACUAAUGAGAGUAAAGCGCGUUGGAGGAAUUCCAGUGGUUGAAGGCAAUGGAAGAAAGGUAAUUGGUAAUAUAAGCAUCAGAGACGUUCAGUUCCUUUUAACUGCCCCAGAACUAUACAAAGAUCACAGAUCUAUAACAGCUAAGAACUUCCUGACAACAGUUAGAAAGUACUUGGAGGAGCACCAAGAGGCUUCACCCUUGUUGCGUGGUCCAAUUACAUGUAGGAAGGAUAACACACUUGAAGAGGUGAUUCUGAGGCUUGACACUCACAAGAUACAUCGAAUUUAUGUUGUGGAUGAGGAUGAGCAUCUGGAGGGGGUGAUUACACUUAGAGACAUCAUAUCCAAGGUAGUUCAUGAGCCUCCUGGCUACUUCGGGGACUUCUUUUAUGGUGUUGUGCCGCUACCUAAGAAUAGCAGUGUUUGAGGGUACUUAAAACUUCUGAGCUACCCAUGCUUCAAGCUCUUGCUGACUGCUUGUGUGUUGAAUGAUCUUUUGCGUGCCAA